AAUGGAUUAAAAAUUACUCUUUUGCAUCAAUUAAUUGGUUUUAUAUUCAUUCCAAGCUGAAAAGUCUAAGCUUCGCAGAAACAUGUUGUAUAUCGGCCAGAGAUUUAUCAUAGUGCUUUUAAUUCUACCACUACUGUACGAGUUCAAUAACUCCGAGGUAAUUGAAAAUAUUUUCUUUAAUUAUUUUAUAAAAAAAAAGUUCAUAUUCUUGAUUUAAGCAGAACCUUGGCAUUGGUAUGUAUUAUAUGAACUACACUGCCGGUCAAAGGUAUAAUUUCAGUGUAUUCAAUUACAAAUAUUACAGUGUGGACAAUAAAAUUGUAGUUUAUGUUGAGUUCGAAUUAUAUGAAGGCGGUAAUUUCACAGCACACGUCAAACUUGAUAUGCUACGUGCUAACAAUAAGAAAAUGAAUUUGCUGAAUAUGGAGCAGGACGGCUGUAAGGUACUAAACGGCGUGCACAGCAGUAGAUUGUUGAAAAUUAUCGCGAGUGAGAUUAUUCGAGUUGUCAACUUGCCGGCGAAGUGUCCGCUUUUAGCAAAUAAAUUAUAUAUCGUCAAUAACUACACUUUGGAAGCGGAAUCACUUCCUUCAUUCAUACCGCCACUACACUGGGUUAUUCAAACAAAAUUUGUGGUUAACAAAAAAUACCUUGGUUAUAUGAUUCUUCAGGGCAAUAUUUUCAAACCUAAGAUGGAUUCUACAAAGUUGAGGACUUGAAUAAAAACUCU